GUUUUUUCUUUUUUGAUGAUGAAAUGAGUUUAAAGAAGAGGGAGAUGAGAUUAUGAGAAGAGAUCGAGGUGGGUCAGAAAACACACGUCGUCUUCAGGGGAGGCUGUUGAUUGUUGAAGAAGCAAUGAAGGAGAAGAGUGAAAGUGGCGGCGGUGGGUAUGUGAGAGCGGAUCAGAUAGAUCUGAAGAGCUUGGAUGAGCAACUUCAGAGGCAUCUAAGUAGAGCAUGGACCAUGGAGAAGAACAAGAACAAGAAAGAACAUGAAGAAAGUGAAGGUGUUCAUCCCCAUCAUCCUUUACAACUACAACUUCAUCAUCCUCAUCAACAACCGCAAUUACAAAGACCCUUCACCAACAACAACAACCACAGUAGUACUGUAGCUAGGCAAGAAUGGGAGAUUGAUCCCUCUAAACUUAUUAUUAAAGGUGCUAUAGCUCGGGGAACUUUUGGCACUGUUCACCGUGGCGUUUAUGAUGGCCAAGAUGUUGCUGUUAAACUUCUUGACUGGGGGGAAGAGGGCCACAGAACUGAGGCUGAAAUAGCUUCACUUAGGGCAGCUUUUACGCAAGAAGUUGCUGUUUGGCACAAGCUUGAUCAUCCUAAUGUAACCAAGUUUAUAGGGGCAACAAUGGGCACAUCAGAGCUAAAUAUACAAACAGAAAAUGGUCAUAUUGGUAUGCCAAGCAAUGUUUGUUGUGUUGUCGUUGAAUACUGCCCAGGGGGUGCUCUGAAAUCUUACCUCAUAAAGAACCGCAGAAGGAAGCUGGCUUUCAAAGUUGUUAUUCAGCUUGCCCUGGAUCUUGCUCGAGGGUUGAGCUAUCUUCAUUCUGAGAAAAUUGUCCACAGAGAUGUUAAAACAGAGAACAUGCUUCUAGAUAAGACACGUACUGUGAAGAUUGCUGACUUUGGGGUUGCUCGCCUUGAAGCUUCAAAUCCUCAUGACAUGACUGGAGAGACUGGAACCCUUGGAUACAUGGCACCAGAGGUUUUGAAUGGCAACCCAUACAAUAGAAAGUGUGAUGUGUACAGUUUUGGUAUUUGCUUAUGGGAGAUAUACUGCUGUGACAUGCCAUAUCCUGACCUUAGCUUCUCAGAAGUGACAUCAGCCGUUGUUCGCCAGAAUUUGAGGCCAGAGAUACCUCGUUGCUGCCCAAGCUCCCUUGCGAAUGUAAUGAAGCGGUGCUGGGACGCUAACCCUGACAAACGACCAGAGAUGGAUGAGGUUGUGUCCAUGUUGGAGGCCAUUGACACAUCAAAGGGUGGAGGCAUGAUUCCUGUAGAUCAUCCUCAGGGUUGUUUCUGUUUUCGCAGAUAUAGAGGACCUUGAACUAGUUGCCCUUUAAAUUUGAGCAAAGAUGAUAUGUUUGAGAUAUGGACUGCAAGUUUCGAAAUCCAAGCUGUAUUUAAUUCAAUCAAAGGAAUGGCACCUAAGAGCUGAUGGUAUACAAAACUUUGGAGGCUAUAGACUAGGAGGAAAUCCCUGAUAGUUGUUUGUUCUGGAUAAUGCAUUCUGUAAAGCUUCUCUUUCUUUCUUCUUGCCC